AUGAAGGUCUUUUCUAAUUCCGAGACAUUCAACUACUCGUGGGAGGAGGUAUCAACCGCCAACUGGCGGAAAUACUGCCCAUGGAACCAGAAAUCGACGCACGUGGUCGCCGUCGACACCUUAAGUCGGAGCGUCGACCCUGAGACGGGCAUCCUGCGGACAGAGCGGCUCAUCACGUGUCGGCAGAGCGCGCCCGACUGGCUCAAGAGCCUGAUGGGCGGCUGCAUGGACGAGUCGCAGGUGCUUGAGACGUCGUACGUGGACCCGCGGCAGAAGACGGUCACGAUGGUGUCGGCCAACCUCACGUGGAGCAACCUCAUCAACGUGCAGGAGACGGUCGUGUACCGCCCGCUCAACGAGCACCAGACGCGCUUCGAGCAGUCGGCCAAGAUCACGGCCCUCUGCGGCGGCUGGCAGCGCAUCAGGAACAGCAUCGAGGACACGCUCGUCAAGCGCUUCCGCGAGAACGCUGUCAAGGGUAAAGAGGGCUUUGAGGCGGUGCUGGCCAUGAGCAGGAGGGCCUUUGCCGAGGAGCGCGAGCGCGAGCGCAUGACGCUACCCCGGACGACCGGAGAUAUUAGGAUGGCAUCCGCGUCAUAG